CCCUCAGCCCUCUUCCGCUCGCCACCAUGUUCCAGCACGACGCUGAGCCCUUUGCUGUCGCCCCUCACCAUGAUCCCAUGUACAUGCCAUCCAAGGCGACCCUUGCUGGCCCUCUCUACCUCCAGCAGUGCUCCCUCGAAAUCAUCCAGCUCGUCGAGGUCCCUGCACCGCCACGCAUCCGACCCUCGUCCUCCUUCAUGGGCAGCUCCUUUGCAUCCUCAUCCUACUCGUCGUCCAUGGAGGAGUCUGAGGACGAGUCCGAAUGCUCGUCAUACUGCUCCUCCGAUCCAGAAGAGGAAGAGGCCGCACGCACAUCGGCACCCGACGACACGUACAAAACGCGUCUGCAUCGCGUCCUCGUCUGGCGCGAAAAGCUCGCGCACGCCAUGGGUGUGCCCGCAAUCAGUACGUUCUCUCCACUGCCGCUUAAGCGCAAGUCCGACGACGCGGAGGACGAAUCAUACGAUGACGAUAUGGUGUCUCAUUCGUCGAAACGGUCGCGUUCGAGCUCUUAUCGAUCAUCAGCGCCGCGGCCCCCAAGUUCGCUGAGCGCACACUCGUGUCCAGCCUGUGAUGCGUCUUUCUCCACGCGGCAGGGCCUGCGCCAGCACGCGCAGAGCCCAUCAUCUAACGACGCGUGUCGGACAGCCGUGGAAUACGAAUGCGAAGCAUGAUGCAUGGUCCGUAGCCGCUCUGCCGACGUCAUUCCUCUCGUGCCACUAUACCCCCGCAUGGCACGGCAUUGCAUAGCAUGGAUACUUCAGCAUGACAGACCCUGGCCUCCUACUAUGCGUACGCCCGUAUAAUUGUACUAUAUACGCCGACUACCGCUACGACACUGCGUGUUCGAAUCGCUUAUAAUUCAUCAAAUUAUUACUCCACUACCUCCGCUGUCGCUGUACGGCCCUGUAAUAGUACCGAUGUGUUUAUACAUACAACAGCCCUUUCUCGGGCGGUCUCAUGGCC